CAGCGUUGCAGGCGAUGGCAGCCGAGAAGCAAGGCGGCUGUCCUCAAUAGAAGCCUGCAGCGCCAAAUAAAUAGCUCACACCUGCUUUCCUUCCCCCAAGAGCCAGACUACCCCACACAGAAAGGAGCCCGCACGCUCACACACCCAGAAGGGUGCCGUCCAUGUCAAAAAUGAGUGCAUUUGAAAUGUUUUCAUCUACAAGCAAAAGGAUGAUACUGCUUUUUCAUGUGCUAUUUUGUCUCUGGGAUGCAAGCAACGCUAAUGGAAGUGUUUCAAAGCCCAAUUUUGUCAUAUUCAUGGCCGAUGACCUUGGCAUUGGAGACUUGGGAUGCUACGGGAACAGGACACUAAGAACUCCUAAUAUUGACAAAUUAGCUAAAGAAGGUGCCAUGUUGACUCAACAUAUAGCAGCCUCGCCACUUUGUACUCCAAGCAGAGCUGCUUUUUUGACAGGCCGGUAUUCAAUUAGAUCAGGAAUAGCUUCUAUACAUCGAAGUGGAGUAUUCUUGUUUGCUGGUGCUUCUGGUGGAUUGCCUCCUGAAGAAAUAACAUUUGCAAAACUUUUACAGCAAGAAGGUUAUUCUACAGCUCUUAUAGGCAAAUGGCAUCUUGGGAUUAACUGCAAUAGCAGUAAUGAUUUCUGCCACCACCCUUUAAACCAUGGAUUUGAUUACUUCUAUGGGAUUCCUGUCACCAAUAUUAGAGACUGCAGACCUGGACACGGAAGUGUGUUUGUGAGAGGAGUCAAAAUGUACAUUAAUACAACUCUCCAGAUGGUUGGGAUUGCCCUAAUUUCUUUAAAGACUGCACGCUAUUUUGGUCUUCUCAGAGGUCCUAUCAGAGCUCUUGGCUACUUCUUCUUAAUGACCUCAGUGUUACUUGGACUAUUGGUGUUAUUGUUGUAUAACUAUCGGUAUUUAAACUGCAUCUUGAUGAGGAAUUACACUAUAAUUCAGCAACCCUGGAUCUAUGAAAACUUCACACAAAGGCUUACAGAAGAAGCCAAAAGGUUUAUUAAAAGAAACAAUGAGGCACCAUUUCUUCUUUUCCUGUCGUAUCCUCACGUCCAUACAGCUCUUUUUGCCUCUCAGGAUUUCGAAGGAAAGAGCAAGCAUGGAUUAUAUGGGGAUAAUGUGGAAGAAAUGGACUACAGCGUAGGAGAGAUUCUCCAUAUGUUAGAUCAGUGGCACCUAAGUGAGAAGACUCUUGUGUAUUUCACAUCAGACCAAGGAGCACAUAUUGAAGAAAUAUCUAUCAAUGGAGAGGUUCAUGGUGGUUAUAAUGGAAUUUAUAAAGGUGGAAAGUCAACAAAUUGGGAAGGUGGAAUUCGUGUGCCUGGACUUUUCCGCUGGCCAGGAGCUGUUAAGCCCAAUACUCUCAUUGAUGAACCAACAAGCAAUAUGGAUAUAUUCCCUACAGUAAUUAAGCUUGCUGGAGCAUCUUUACCCAAGGACAGAAUUAUUGAUGGACAUGAUCUGAUGCCCUUGCUUCAAGGCAAUGCUGUCCGAUCCAAGCAUGAAUUUCUCUUCCAUUACUGUAAUGCACAUUUAAAUGCAGUACGCUGGCAUCCAGGAAACAGUAAAUCUAUUUGGAAGGUGUUUUUCUUUACUCCAAAGUUCAGUCCAGAAGGCUCCAAUGGCUGCUAUGAUUAUCAUGUGUGCUUUUGUCAAGGUGAUUUAGUCACAUACCAUAAUCCACAAUUACUCUUUGAUCUUUCCAAAGACCCAGAAGAAAAAAAUCCACUAACUCCAGAAACAGAGAGUCAAUUCUAUGAAAUUAUUCAAGUUGUUCAACAAGCAGUAAACAACCAUUCCAUGUCUCUGCUGACUGUUCCCAACCAGUUUUCUUUGGACAAUACUCUGUGGAAACCCUGGCUUCAGCCUUGUUGCUCUUCCUUUCUGCAAUUUUGUUACUGUGACCAUGAGACCGAAGAAAACAAUAAUGUUCCUGAAAUGUGAUAUUACCAACAUGUAAUCAUACAAAUACUUUGGCACAUGCUGCAAGUGAAAAAUACUUGCUGAAUCUGCAAAGGGUUACACAAUUAGUGAUAUAAUUCAAAGACAUAUAAUUUGCUACAGAAUAUUUUGGGAGGAAAAGCAUCAUCAUAUAGCUUGAUCUCAUCUGAUGUUGAAAGGUAAGCAGCAUCAGUACUUGGAUGGGAGACCCCUAAGAAGACUCUGCAGAGGAAGGCAAUGGCAAGCCACCGCUGCUUCUGAUUUGCCUUAAAAGUUCCUUUCUGGGAUUGCUGUGAAUCAGCUGCAAUUUGACAGCAAUUUACACCCACAUGGAAUAUUACAGAAAUGUUUCUUUAUCAUACAAGAUUCAUAUAUUUUUAUUUAGUUAAUCAGUAAUAUACAAAAGCUUUCUGCCUUUCUUUUAACUAUCUUUGGAUUGGCAGUUUUCUUAAUAUCCACAAAUCAACAGGAUUGUCCAGGAUCAAACGGGGAGAUUAGCCCUUAACAUACCUGCAUGACCUAAAUUACAUCCUCUUAUGUGCAAGUUGGGGAAAUGAAUUUUACACAGCCUGCCAUACAUCCUAAGCAAAUUCAGUCUGGGAGAGGGAUAAUAUGGAAAUCUGUACCUCUGAAAAAUUUCUCCUUCUGUGAACCUGUGUGAUCUAAAAGGCUGCAUGUGUAGGAGAAGGGAGACCAUCACCCUUUGCCAUCCAACUUCCCCCAUCUGCUCUCAACACAUCAUCCUGCUGGAUCAUUUGAUUAAUUUACAAAGUCACAUUUUUCUGCAUAUCUACGUAGCCCCUCAAAUAUGAAGAAAUCCCUAUCUUAUCUGAGAGCCAGCAGAGUGUGGUGGUUAAGAGCAGUGGACUCUAAUCUGGUGAACUGGAUUUGUUUCCCUUCUCCUACACAUGCAGUCUGCUACAUGACCUUCAACUAGUCACAGUUCUCUCUCAGAACACUCUCAGCCUCACCUACCUCACAAGGUACAUGUUGUGGGGAGAGGAAGGGAAGGAGUUUGUCAGCCACUUUGAGAUUUCUUACAGGAGAAAAAGGCGGAGUAUAAAUCCAAACUGUUCUUCUGUUGUGAUGAUUUUAGGAUUCAAACAGAGGCCAUUGAUAUUGCUAUUAGACCAAGUAUUUUGUGCAAAGGACUAUCAGAACUAGCUAUGCAAUAGUUGAACUGCCUUGAUGUGUUGUGUUGGAGAGCCAUUCAAUUUCUUCUCUCCUAUUAUACACAAACCAUGUCUGUUAGUGGGACCAAUAGCAUCAGUAUUUGUUCAUAUUUUGAAAAGGAACUUAAUGUACUUUGUCCUUGGAAAGAAUAGUGAAAAUCAUCAAGAGAAAUAUUCUGCUGAUUAAUAUUUAAUAUUGUCACUUGCUUCUUGUGUUAGGAAAUGUGUAUUUCUCCUAAAAGUCAAUGCAGUUCAUUGAAGGAUAUUAAUAACUUAUUAAUGUCUUGGUAUAAUGUUAUAUUAAUAUUUAUUUUUAUGAUUAUUAGGUAUUAUAUAAUUGUGCAUCACAAACAGCCCUUUGUGUGAUAGGAUAUAUAGGACAUAAUUUUAGUCUAUUAUUGCUUGUACACAGUGCCAAACAGUUUGUUACAAAUGUUUCACAAAUUUACUGCAUAUUUGUAUCAUAUUUUAAUCUUUGGAACGAAACUUUCUGGGAAACUUACAGUGUCAUUCUAAGCAGAUUCAUGCUUUAAAUGGACGGUGUUCAGUGGACUUAGAAGAGUGUAAUUCUCCUUAGAAUCAUAUGGUUUAUACCUGAACCUGCACAGGUUUGGUGGGAAGUCACUGAGGGCAGUGGCAUUAAGUUCGAAAGAGAAGCAUAUGGAAUUGAGCCUGAUUAAGAUAAAUAAUAAUAAUGUAUUAAACUAUAAAUGUCAUCAUGUAACCUAAUAACAUUGGUCCUUUCUGCACAGCACAAAAAAGAUGUAUGUGGGAUGUCUUAAAAAGGGGUGACCAUCUCUUUUCACUCCACACACCCAAAAUAAGAUGUCUCGGGGACAUCUUAAAAAGAGGUGGCUUCUAAUGUGCUUUCCAGACUGUGAAGACAUUAGAGGGGAAUAGAGGCUGUUUCCUGCCUGACCAUUUUGCUCUCUGGUAAGUUUUACCCUCAGCUUAUGCCCAACAUUUUGUGUGCAGCUAAAGGGAUGCUCCUUGCCGCCAUUUCCUGAAGGUUGCCCAGGAUAUUUGCUCUGCAGGCUCCAAUCCUGGGUGCCUAUUUAGCACAAAAAGUACAUAGAAGUACUCAGUGUUCCAGCCAAUUCCAAUAAUAUAUGGUUUUCCUGAAAACAAAAAUUUUUAUGAGCUGCCUCCUUAGCUAUGUGGACAUAAAUACAAGAAUCUUAGUCACUUGGAAGACCUGCCUACUUCCAAUUGAGAAGCACUGGGUUGACCUACCUUCCAUGGAUCAACUACUUUUAGAGCUGAAAGAUGCCCAGAAUUGGAGCCUGCAGAGCAAAUGUUCUAGGUCAACCUUCAGUAAAUGGUGGCAGGGAGAAUCCCUUCAUCUGCACACAAAAUUUUGGGCAGAAAUCAAGGGUGAAAUGGAGUGGAGCGGAGAGCAAAACAGUCAGCUGGGAAAAAUAAAAUGCUUCCUGAACUCUGCAUUCCACACAGCCAGGCAGGAGACAUCUUGCAGGCAGCUUAGAGGAAAAAAUAUGCACUUUGAAGCAUUCUCAAAAAAAGAUACCUUGAGCUCAAAUAAGGUGUCCUGAGGACAUCUUGGGAGGAAAGCUGUGUGGAGAACCUUCCCAGAGCACCUUUUUUAGCAUCCCCAGGAUGUCUUAUUUAGGCUGUGCAGAAUGGAACAUGGUUCAUCAUGGCAGUACUCACUAGUACUAAGUACCAAUACCUUUUGGGGACUCUCCAGAGUUCUGAUGGGGAAACUGAUGCAUCCUUAUUUAAGUAUUAGCACUUUAAAAAAGAUUAAAAGCACGGUUAUUAAUCACACAACCACACAAGUAAACACACAAGUAAAGGCAAAAUUAAUAGAUAAUUUUUGAAGGAGUCUACGAAACAGCUACUUUGUCAACAUUAAAUGAUGUCUUUAUUGUGAAGCACUAAGUAAGUUUUGCUCACAGCAGUGAUAAUACAUUUUCUGUCAAUGGCUUACUGAGCUUCCCUAAUUUACAGAGAUUUGGGACAAACAGAUAAGGCCCUUGCAUGCACAUUAGUUGAGCUGUUCUGAUCCAUGAUAUUGGAAAACAGAAGGAUUAGAAAAUGAAUUGGCCUAGGAAAAGAGAUCUGCUAGAGAGGUCCAUAAGGUCAACAACCAGCCCAGCCCAUGGAGUGGCUGUUCUGUGGUCCCAACAAAGCCCUUCCACCUCCCCAUCCCUCCCCUCAACAACCACCCCAAUUGGUGAAUCAGCUGGUCCAUGGGCUGGACAAGCCCUCCCACCUCCUUCCACCCCCAACAAUCAACUCCUGCUUCCCCCAACCCCUAACCAUCCCCAUUCCACUAUCACCCCAUCCUAAGCUAUACCUUCCGACCCUCCCACAACCCAAGCCAUACCAUCCAACCCUCCCCCACCCCUAGCCAGAGGCAAAGCAAGGGGAAACUCUGCCUGGGGCACAUGCGUACCCUGUGCCCCUGCUGCAGCGCCCCCGCCCCACCCCUGCCAUGCCCCCUUUGUGGUCUGGCUGCGCCUCUACCACACCCCACCCUGCCCCAUUGGCACUUUGCCUCUGCCCUAUGCCUUUUGACCAUUCCCCCACCCCAAUAUUUACCUUCCAACCCUCUCCCAUAGAAUUUUGAAAAUAAGGUUAUAUAAAAUGUGCUUUAAAAUGUCUCAGUUUUUCUUCCAUGAUUUUGAAUCCUCCCUCCCUGAUAAAUAAUGAUAAACAAUGUUUUUAAUGCACUGGGGAAUUAUGCAUUGGGAAAUUAAUGAAUUCAUAAUAUAGUAUCCAUUGUUAUAUUCGUUGAGAAAAUUAUUCUAAAAAAUUGAUGCAAACUUGUGCUUUCUGACUAUAUUGAUAGUAAAAGGACUGCAAAAAGUGCAACUUGAAAUUUUAAAUAUUAAUUAGUAAACUGUAGGAAAUAAUGCUAAUGUGCCUCACAGUUUAUCACUGUUAAUUUAAAAAAAUGCAGAAGACUGAAAAAGAACUGCCUGGUUUGAUAGGAAUAAAAAUGAUUAC